AUGGUGGCAUCCUCAAUCUCCUCUCAGACUCAAUUCCCACAUCUUCAUUCGCACAGUGAUGAUUUACUAGAAGUUAUAACUAACGAAUCUGGGCGUCCAACAAACAGAUUCUCAUUACGAUUGAGUUCACAAUUGCUACGGGGUUUGGUGAGACUUUACCAAAGAAAAGCUAGCGUCCUUUUAGGAGAUCUUUGCAUGAUCAAUGCUACCGUUAUAAAACAUUCAAACAAGAAAUGGAUUAGACAUGAAGAUGCGCCGGACAUUCAUCGUCCAAGACUUGACGUGGUAACCUUAGAACAACCAGGGGAAGAGCCGAGAGUUGAAGAGUUAAUUCAGAGUAGUAACAAUGUGGUUGCCAACAUUGAUGAUAUAACACUAAAAGAACCGACAGUACCCGAAAUACAAUUUUUAAUUAAUGAUGGUUUUGGCGAACUGCGUUCGGAGAUGCGCUCGCCAGAUCGUACCGUGGAGCUGAUGCUGCAAGGCAGCUCGGUCGCGCAGCUGAGCGCACUCGACAAUGUCGACGUGUCGGGCGAUAAGUCGCACGACAAGUCGCGUCCUCAUACAACUCGCGAGCUGCAGAUGGAAAGAAUAUCCGAGUACGAUGUCAGCAUGUACAGGAAGUCCAUCGGCGCCGAGAUUUCAGCAAUCGCUGACAUUGAAAAAGAAAUCCCCGAAAUUCCCGAAAUCCCGCCUCCUGCCUUGAACGUUCCUGAACCAUUGGUACUUGAUAAUGAAAUGGCGCAGCAUCCUGAACCAACUGUUCAAUCGGAGGCUGUGAAGAGAAAAGCUGAUGAUGAAAUUAUUUUGGAGGAGUUGGAGGUGCGGAGUCCAAAGCGCAGACGCGCGCGUCGCCUCAUCAUCGACCAGCACACGCGCCUCGGUCCUGACUACAUGCGGGACAGGAUCGUUAACAAUAAGUUAGAAAUGCGUUGCAAGUCGGCUAGUGAAGAUGUGAUAAAUAUCAGAAUACCCGCAGCUACGUACUUACUGCGGCCGGCACACGACGGACACAAGUUGAGGCCCGACAUCGCCUCUGUCUUCCGCACACUUUAUCUUAGGAAUUUAGAGUUUAUCUCAAAGACAACCUCACAAAAUAGGGAAUUGGAGGAAGCAGUCGUUAUGCCAGCUCAAGAAGAACCACGAUCGCAUUUACAACCAGUAGAAGAAGAUCCCUCGGCCUUAGCCGCUGUCCCUCAGAUAGAGCUGCCAGUGCAAACUGAGGUGGAGAGGGCGGAGGUCACCAUGAUCGGCCAGGGUCAGGGUCUGCUGGACUUCUCAGAUCUGCCCACUCAGGUUGUGGAAACUUUGUCUCAAGUCAGGAAACGGACCAGUGAAUUUGAAGAUGAAGGAGCUAAAAGACGUCGUAGCUCAGGCUUCCUGUCGUACAAACAGCACAGAGAGCAGCUGCUGAGCGCAGAUAUCGCCGCUGAUAUAGAAAAGGAAAAUAUUCCUGAGAACAUACAAACACCGAGGGAAAACAGGAGUGUAACUGCAUUACUCCGCAAGGCGGGUCUUGCUGAUAUAGACGCGGGCAGAGUGGACGUAGAGGCGGGCAGAGUUGACGUAGAGGCGGGCAGAGUUGACGUAGAGGCGGGCAGAGUUGACGUAGAGACGGGCAGAGUUGACGUAGAAGGGGGCAGAACAGUGAUGGAGCCUCUGUCCGAAGUGAGCGUGAGAAGGAGCACGCGGAAGACCGGCAGCGAGGAUACAGAGACCCAGCUCGGGAGUCUGGACCGCACUAAAGUCUCACUCGGUGAUACAGACACCACUACUGACUCUAAGAAAUUUAUACGCGAGCAGUGGGGUACAGAAGGUACAAUGGUGAAGGUGCUGCGCGGAGUGCGGGAGGGGUUCACACUGGAUGUACAGCACCUGGUCAGCUUGGGGCCAGUCUUACACACGCACAGGAACAUCAUCAUGGCGCGCUGCUUCACAUCAUUACUCAAAUUGAAACAGCACGGUUUUGUGAAUUUGAAGAAAGAUCCUGAUACAUUAUGUAUAAUAGAUAUAACUUUGGGACCGAAGUUCGAAGAAGUCGACGCAGAAUAA